AUGAUUCUACACAGCCUCAUUUCAAAUUCCACGAAAAUACGCCAUCGAUUCCUUUACAAUUACUGUUCUUCCUGCUCAAUCCAGUUCUCCACUCUAAGCUCCAGUUUCAGUUCGUUGGCCGCCUCAAUAGUUGACCACACGCCAGAAAUCCCUCCUAAUUCCAGCUUCAAGACUCCAGGACAAUGGCAGAGUGAGCCAACUUUAUCCCGGUCUCAUCAAUUCGGGGCAUCCCGAGAAGAAAUUAAUUCACAGAAGUUUCAUUUCAAAGAGGAGGAACCCGUUUUUCUUUUGCCCUUGGUUCCUGAAAAACGAGACGGUCUUAUUGCGCGCUAUCACUCAUCCUCUUCUGAUUUUGAUGCCAGCCAGCUUCAUUUAGAGAUAAUACGAGAUGGUGCUUUAAGAGCUUGUCAGGGUUUAGGGUCAUUGGGUCUAAGGUUUGGGAUGCAAAUUCAUGGAUUGAUCUCAAAAACCCCUUAUUCUUCUUAUGCUCUUGUAUCCAAUGUGCUGAUUUCGAUGUAUGGUCGUUGUGCAAGUUCUGCUGAGUAUGCGAGGAAUGUUUUUGAUGAUUUAGAAUCUCGGAACUUGAUUUCUUGGAACUCUAUCAUUUCAGUAUAUUCACAAAGAGAAGACACUGAUUCCGCUUUUGAACUCUUUUCCGGGAUGCUAAAUGAGUGUGCAAUUUUUGGUUUCACUCCUAGCGAAUAUACUUUCGGUAGCUUGGUUACUGCUGCUUCAUGUAAUUCUAUAUUUUUGCUUCAGCAGAUGCUCGCAACAGUGGAGAAAUCUGGUUGUUUGGAAGACCUGUACGUGGGUAGUGCAUUUGUCAGUGGUUUUGCAAAGCUUGGGAUGCUCGAUACUGCUAAAAAAAUCUUUGAACAGAUGAGUACAAGGAAUGCUGCUACCCUGAAUGGGUUAAUGAUUGGAUUGACAAGGUUAAAUCAAGGGGAACAGGCAGCUAAAGUUUUCACCGAAAUGGGAGGUUCGGUUAGGUUGACUUCUGAUUCAUUACUUGUUCUUUUAACCACGUUUCCUGAGUUUUCAUCUCUGGAAGCUGGGUGUAGAAAAGGUAAGGAGGUACAUGCACAUGUUAUCAGGACUGGCCUAGCUCAUACGGAGAUACCAAUCGGAAAUGGAUUGAUCAAUAUGUAUGCCAAAUGUGGUUCAAUUGAUUAUUCUAUUUCUGUUUUUGAACUCAUGGCUAAUAAAGAUUCAGUGUCCUGGAAUUCAAUAAUAUCUGGUCUUGACCAAAAUGGGUGCUUUCAAGAUGCAGUUUUUACCUUCCAUGAUAUGAAGAGUAGUGUUAUCUCUCCUUCGAACUUUACGUUAAUUAGUGUGCUGAGUUCAUCUGGAAGCCUGGGGUGGGUCAAAAUGGGAGAACAAAUACACUGUGAAGCACUGAAGCUGGGUCUUGAAUAUGAUGUAUCAGUGUCUAAUGCUCUUCUUUCGCUAUACGCCAACUCUAAACUUAUAGCUACAUGCAAGAAAUUAUUUUCGCUGAUGCCUGAAUAUGACCAAGUAUCUUGGAAUUCCAUGAUUGGGGCCUUCAAUGGUACCGAAGCAUAUCGUCAUGAGGCCAUGCUGUAUUUUAAGGAGAUGAUGCGACGUGGAUGGAAUCCUAAUAAAAUAACCUUUUUAAAUGUUCUUGAAGCAUUAGCGCCUGUUUCUCUUCUUGAGUUUUCUCGCCAAGUUCAUUCUGCUGUUAUAAAAUAUGGAGCUAUGAAUGACUGUUCCAUUGAGAAUGCACUUCUCUGUUGCUAUGGAAAAUGUGGAGAAAUCAAUUACUGUGAAGCUAUAUUUUCCAGAAUGCAGGGAAGGAAGGAUGAUGUUAGUUGGAACUUUGUAUUGUUGAAUCUCAUAACCUUUGUGGCCAUUCUAAAGAUAUUCCCUUCAGAGAAAAUUUUGAAGGGUGGUGAAGCUAUUAUACAAGGAGCUUGGGUUCGCAAAAAUAAUGAAGCUGGUGGUUUUCACCAUGAUGGAGGAGUAAAGCAUGCUGUUCUGUUGGUCCAUGCACGUUCUUUGGAUAUACUGUUAUGGUAA